AAUGAUGAUACCUGCUCUAAACUACAGAUUUGUUUACCUACUGUGUAUAUUUAUGACUUACUUGGUCAAUAGAGUAGUCAAUUAACUUAUUUUAUUAACAAAAAUAUAAAUAAUAUGAUACUAAACUCGUCGUAAUACUGUUACAAGUCAACAAUGCAGAAACAGCCGGCUUGUCGCUGCUGCCUGGCAGUGGACGGGAAGCUGGUUUUCAUUGAAGACGGUGAUUUCUCCGAGCUGUAUUCAGACAUCGUGGGAAUGCCGGUGUCGGCGGAGCGCCUCCCUCGGCACGUGUGCGUGCUGUGCGCGCACGCGCUGCGCAAGUUCGCGCGCUUCCGGGCGCGCUGCCGCCGGCUGCUGCUCCUCAUGCAGCAGACGCUGUGGCAUAACUCCGAGGUAACGAUCGAAUACACCCGGUCGCUGUCUUUAAAUUAUCAAGAAUUAAAACCCCAGUACAUCCAGACUAAAACCCAAACAUUGGACAUUCUUGGUGGUAAUAGUAUUGAUGAAAUAAAUUCCAAUCCUUUAGAUUUCUCGGAAGUAUCAAUUGAAUGUAAAGUGGAAAAAGAAGAAAAACGCGAUAACAAAAAUGUGAUUGAAGAAUUACUCGAACCGAAAGAAGAAACGUCGAAAGAUGUAUUUUAUGUAGAAGGGAAUGAUUCACAAUAUUUAGAUGAAGUUGAUGAUUUCGAUUCAUUCGUUGACGAUGUAGACGACGUGAACAUUGAAACUAAAUACAGUAAAAAGAAAAUGAAAGCAACAAAAGGUACAACAAAAAUAAAUAAAGUUACAAAACCGCUGCAACGUAAACGUAAACGCGAGUCUAAAUCUAACAAACAGGUCAUGCUAGAUUACGCCGAGAGUAUAGGUUUUAAUUUGACAGAGUUGUCACUCGACGAACAAAUAAAUGAGAUUGAAGAAAAGAAAAGGGAGCCCGGCCUGGUCUGCGAGCUGUGCGGAAAGCGCUUCAACAAUUCUAACUGUUUGAAACGCCACAAACACUGUCACGUUUUUAAACCCAAAAGUUUCAUGUGCGACCUUUGCUCGUGGGUUUUUAAAAAGAAAAACACACUAAUAGAACAUAUUCUAGAUCAUCGAUACGUAUUCAGCUGUAAAUCUUGCGAUUUUAAGACAAAAAAGCGUAUCACUUUAAAAGCUCAUCAUGAAUUUCAUCAAGGAAAACGGUAUCCGUGUAAAUAUUGUGAUAAAGUAUUCGAGAAAGUUAGCAGCCAUUUCACUCACAUCAGAUUCAAGCAUGAAUCGGAGCUGCCUUGGUGCGAUCUCUGUGGGGAAGCGUUCAUCGGAGAUAAAGGAGUUCUAAGUCACAAGAAGCUUACUCAUAACAUUCUAGACCAAUAUCCGUAUUCUUGCGCGUGUGAUAAGAGGUUCAGGAGUGAAGCUGCGUUAGAGAGACACUUGUUAGUGAAAGGCUGUGACCUACCGAGCUGCGUGCACUGCGGUGAAUCGUUUCCCGCUGGUCAGAUGCUGAAACACCAUCUGAUCCAGAGGCACAUAGACGGCACAGUUCCAAACACGUUUGACUGCAAAAGCUGUAUAUUUCGGUUCUACAACCUCGCCGCUCUGGAGCGACACUCGUGCGUCGCGCUCGGGGCCUGCCCUCAGUGCGGAGACAGCUUCGAGUCCACACAACAGCUGAUCGACCACAUCAACCUGACGCAUGACAUCUUCAAAUGUGAAGAGUGCUCGCGGCAGUUCACGAGCAAGCACUUCAAGAUCCACUUCCUGCUGAAGCACGCGCCGCGCGCGCCGCGCGCCGGCCGCGCGCGCAAGCGCGUCUCCGGCGCGCUCGAGACCCGGAUUCGUAAAUGGCGGGUGGUGGACGGGGAGACGAUCAAGCAAGUGGAGAGUCGGCCGCGCGAACGUGAGACUGCGGUCGUGACGCACAUCUGUGAGGUCUGCGGGAAGGGGUUCUUGAACUCGACGAAGCUGUCGAUCCACAAGUGGCGCGUGCACUGCAGCGCGCACGAGCACGCGUGCGCGCUCUGCCACAAGACCUUCAAGACCAGGGAGGCGCUCGAUAUCCACACGCGCGUGCACACCGGCGAGCGGCCGUACCAGUGCUCCGAGUGUCCGAAGGCGUUCAAACAUCGCGGCGCCUACACGCGGCACUACUUGAUCCACUCAGGACAGCGCAAUCACUUGUGUACGAUGUGCGAGAAGAGCUUCCAGACGUCGACCGGCGUCAAGAUGCACAUCCAGACGGCGCACAUGAAGAUGCCGUGGCCGGCCAAGCACCGCGGCGCCAAGGGCGCGAUGCGCGACCACUGAAAUACUAUUUACAGGUCACAGGCGGGUCUUGACUGCACUGCACCACCAACGUUUAGUAUUAGUGUAUCCAUUCUAAUAUUAUAAAUAUGAAAAUCUGUCUGUUCCGCUUUCACGGCUAAACUGGCCGGACCGAUUUUAAUAAAAAUAUUGUAUCCAUAUAGUUGAAACAUAGGUUACUUUUAAAAAAAAAUCAACCCUUAAAUUAUUAUAUUGGGGGAUGAAAGUUUGUAUGAAAACCCGGGGUCAAACAUAGGCUAGGCAGUGCCACUAAGCAAGUAGGUAACAGCUGGUGUAAUUAUAAAAGACAAGCUAAUGAUUUACAGUUAGAUAAAUAUAUUGUAUAUUAGAAUGCAUUUAGCGUGAAAUCCAGCUAUUGACAUUUUCAAAUUGCAUUUUGUGUAAUAACGUUGUAACACGGUGGGGCUUCCUGGUUGUGACGUAUAGUUUACAGAAGUCCGUGUCUCCUCCUGCCGUAAACUUUGCCAUGGGUAUUUUUUUAUUUGUGAAGAAUGAACACAAUGAACUUUGUGCUAUUGCUAACACUGGUUUACGAUUUUAUUUCAGUCACAUAGAGGCAUCUGACAUGAAUUUUGAAAGCUACAAUCGAUGCUAGCCGACUGAGAUGCGAUUUUUAUAACCAAUUUAUUUAUAUACAUAAAUACAUAGAAAUAUAACUUAAAAAUAGAGAAGUUUAGUACAAAGAUACAGUACUCACAUUGCCGAGAUUCAUACGAGUACAUACUGUAUGUAUGUAUCUCGGCAGAAGUUCGUAUUGUCAAGUCUGUCAAGACUAUUUUAUUUAAAAUUGUACUUGUUAAGUAUUUAUUACCUUUUCUAUUUUAAGUUGCAAGUUUUUUUUAUUGUAAAUAAGAAUGUGAAAAAACUUAUUUUAACAAGAAUACUUUUCUUGUGUGUAAGUUUCAUGUAUGGAUCUAAGUCAUAAAAAUACAUAUUGUACUCAAUCAAUAGCUAUGUAAGAAAUUAUACCGAAGUAUGCAAAAUCGACAAUAGUCACUGUUCAUUAUUAUAUUCUUGCAUGGAAUUAGUAAGUACUCCGUACAACGAAGUACUUACUAAAUCCAUGUAUUCAUGUGAUUCGAUAGUUGAACCGUUGCUUCAGUGUACGGACUGUCACCAUCAUAAGUCAAUUUCAAUGUCAACCUGCCCAAUUUCUGACCAUUGUUAUGGUGGUACGUCUAUUGUUGGCUGUGACUUACAGUUCCGUACAGAUGUGAGACACGAGACCUCGCCGCAGGUUAGCUGGUCCCAUUCUCUGAGCUUCAUUUUGAAGCUAAUUUACUUAUAGUCUAGUAUAAGUAGCUAGUAUCUCAUGCUUUUCCCCAUACAUUGUAUGCUGUAUACAAAACGUAGCGAUACAUACAACAUCUUGUAAUGAACUGCCAUCCUGUUCUCGAUUGUUACGAUUGGUUUGGAUUUUAGGAUUGUUAGGUUGGAGCUUCUUACUAACCUUGCCCGAUAGUUGCUUAGUAACACUUAAAUAAAUAUUUGCUACACACAUAUUUUUUUAUUUAAAUUUAUUUGACAUAUUUUAUUUUUAUUUAACAUUUUUAUUUUAUUUUUUAAAAAUUGAAACAAGAAAUAUUUCCUAUCAAUUCUAGCUGCUCAAUGUAAUCUUUAAAUAAUCUGUAAAUGAAGCUUUAGCACUAACUGCGCCCCGAGGCUUCGCUCCAGUGGGAACUCCGGGACAACAAG